CCAUAGCGACCAUCAUGGAGGUGGGCUCGCGAGUGGUGGCCAUCUUUGAUUUUGAGACGACGGAGCCCGGAGAGUUGGCGUUGAAAGCGGGAGAUGAGGUUGAUAUUACGUCGAGAAUCAAUGAGAACUGGAUAGCUGGGACAUGUAAUGGAAAGACUGGUACCUUCCCUGCUAACUUUGUCAAGCCUGUUGAUGAAGCAAGCUCAAACGUAUCAGAGAAGAAAUCCACUUCAUAUCAAGUCACAGCAGUACAGGAUUAUGAGAGCAGCACAGAGGGCGAUCUCUGCUUCAAAACAGGUGAGGUAAUAAGUGUUUCACAUCAGAUAGAUGAGCAUUGGUUGGAAGGAUCAUUAGGUGGUAGAUCAGGGAUAUUUCCAGUCAGUUACGUGAGUAAGGACAUCUCUCACACUAACCAACCAGCAAUACAAGAAUACGAGGCAAGAGCCACUCAGAAUGUUACAGGACAACUCAGUGAAGAACUGACCUUCAUGAUCGGUGACAUCAUCACUAUUACAGGGAAGGUUGAUGAUGAUUGGUUGAAUGGAAGAAUCAAUGGCAAAUCAGGUGUAUUACCAGCAAUAUGUGUGCAACCACUCGAUACAAACUCAUUAAACGGGCCAAGGACUGAUGGAACAACCCAGGGUUCUGAUUUAAACUUUGAUGUGUUAGAUAAAGCAUUCCAAGGGACCAGUACUACAGUGGGCGCAACGGGAGAAAGGCCACAUGCAAAGACAUUGUUUCCGUUCAGUGCAGAGAGAGACUGCGAACUUAGCUUCAUGGACGGUGAGACUAUAUAUCUCAGAGUAAGAGUGGAUGAGAACUGGUUAGAAGGAGAGCUUGACGGGAACAUUGGACUGUUUCCUGCAGAAUUUGUUGAGAUCCUUGUGGAUAUUCCUGCUGGGUAUGUUCCUCCAGAGGCAAAGUCAAAGAAUGUUUCUCUGAAGCAAGGUAAAGCAUCGGGUAACCCAGUGCUUUCCUUGUCAUCAACACAGGGUGAAGUAGCUGUUGUUAAACCUCAAUUACUUGAUGUUGGACAGGAUAAAGGUGUCGCUCCUGUUAAAGGUAGACGAGGGAAAGUCCUGUAUGACUUCAACCCUGAAACAGAACACGACGUCUCGGCCAAACAAGGUGAUAUCAUCACCAUUAUGAGUAAACCGGACAAUGAGUGGUACGAAGCUAAGAAUCCCGCCGGUAAGGUUGGUUUCAUCCCAAUCGCUUAUGUGCAAUUAUUAGAGAAACCUAGGACUCCAUCUUUUAAGAGACCUGCUCCCCAACCACCGGGGGUGAAACCAUCAAAGAAAGGCACAGCUCCAAAUGCUCCUAAAGGAGGACCUUCGGAUAAGAAUGCCAAUGAUUUGUUUUUACUUGACCAGCUUGGGACCCUGGAUACACAGAAUACAUCAGCUCAACCUGAUAAUCCUAAACCAAGUUCCGGUGGUGGAUUGGAUGAUUUGUUGUUCUUUGAUCCCCUGGGUGGAGGUACCGAUCCUCCCCUCGCACCCUCAAAACCAGGAUCCCAUAAUCCUACACUUCCACAUGCUUUCAAACCGGGUGGCAGCACCUUCAAGCCGGUGUCCUUUGCCGGGAAGAGUACAGCCAACACCGCAACUGUUGCUCCUAUGACCGCGGAAACCCAAAGCUCAACUCCUGCUCCACCUCCUCAACCUAACAGGGGAAAUUCCCUUCUUGACAUGAGUCCUGUUGACAAACCGAUGUCUCCUGUAAUGAUGCCAAUGGCUCCUAUCGAUGCCAGCAAUCUAUCGUCAGAGCCCAAACCUACAAUGACCAAACAAGAAUCCCUUGAUAGUCUUUCAAAGUUUGACAUCCUUGCCGCAAGGCCGUUCAAUCCCACUAGCUCUAAGCAGAUCAGGAGUGUGCAGCGUCCAGUGAAUAGAGGUUCAUCAUCAAGCAGCAUAGAUGCCAGUGCCGCCAUUCACUCCACCGCUGCUAUGUCUGGAGGCUCAGAGCCGGUGGUCCAAGAUCCAGAGCUCUUGACGAUAUCCCAGGUCAAUCAGGACUUGGAUCGUGCGAUGCUGGAAGGGAGUUUGCCGAAUAAUAGUGCUGGUUCAGGACUUCUGACACUAUCCCAAGUCAACUCAGACCUUGACAAGGUUAUCCAGGAAGGCAGCCAGGAAAUGACAUCCAACUUCAAUGCAGCCUUCAGCAGUGAGUUGGAGGCUGUCAACAAUGUUCCUUUAUCCUUUGAUCAGGAUGAUUUCAGACCGCCUGUUCCUCCGCGCCAACCGUCCCCUAACCCAUUUGCAGCAGCUGUUGAGGAGCAGCAAACAGAGAUGCAACCCAGCAAGCCCCAAUCUUCCAACCCAUUUUCUGCUGUUACUCCUCCAGGAGAGGUGGACAAUGCCUUUGCAAAUUCAUUUGAUCCAUUACAAAGUGUUCCAAAUGCUACCCUUCCCCGAGAUGAUAGCAUCCCAUCAGACAUGUCUGAUGAUGCCUUUGCCCAAGGGAUCAACUUCACCAUCAACUCUCCUCUCAGCAUCCCUCAGGAGACCCCUCCUACCUCCACCUCCUUUAAGCUUCCUCCUCCACCAUCACCUGGCAAGCGUCCGAUGGCUCCCCCCAAGCCGCAGAAGUUUGAUCCUCGGAGCGCUGUGCCCCGCCCGCGGCCUAAAUCCAGAUCCAGUGUGGAGAGCAUCGAGGCUGUCAUACCUCCUCCGCCCCCGUCCCAGAAACCUGCUCUUCCUCCCAAGCCAGACCUCGACCUCCUAUCUGACACCCAGCGUGCUGCUAACCCUGAGCUAGCAAACUUUGAGGCCAGUAUUCAGCAGAUAUUUGAUACGUCAAAGUGGGAGACGGACGAGGCAGAGGUCUCGGGUCAAUCAGCACCUGUUCCACCACCUCCUGUCACCAGAGGUGCUUCUCUCUUGGAUCAAGAUCUUGGUGUUAUCAGUCAAGUUCUUCAGCAACAUUCCUCUACGAGUAAAGGUCCGUCUGGCCAGGCUGCAGUAGGUGAUCUUCUGGGAAUAGGAGGGGUAGAGGAGACAGCGCCCUCUCAGUCAAAACCCAGUAGACCAGCUCCAGCUAGGCCAGCAAUGCCAGCAAAGAAGCGAGUCCCGCCUGGUAGACCUGUCCCUCCGAGACUAGGACCAGGUAUGAAGACAGACCAAGAAGGCACGUCAGAAGCGGUGAAUGGGGAGGGGCACCCUGCCGAGGCUGUUGCCAAUUUACAGAGCAAGAUAUCACAACUCAAAGAAGAGAUCGAGACCCAGCGACUUCAGAAAUCCAAUCUAGUAAGAGAGUGUGCAUUUGUUACUGUGGAGAAGGACAAAGCUGAACUACAGCAACAGAUAGCUGAUGAAGAACUAGACAUUUUGGAAAAAGAGAAGCAAGUCCAAUCUUUACAAGAUCAACUUUCAGAGCUGAUGCCCGAGCCGCCUCCAGCGCCAAAAAUGACACCGGCCGAUUUCAGAGAGAAGGUGGUGAAGGAAUUACUGAAGACGGAGGAUGAUUAUGUGAGGGAUAUCAAACUAUGUCAGGAAGGAUUUAUGACUGUCUUACAAGAAAAUCAGAUGAUUAUCAGUGAGAUUUUGAUAGCGCAUGCCGAAGAAGAAUUGGAAGAAUUGGAACGGAGCGGAGAGAAGAAGAAAGCGGCAAAAGGUCUGGAGUUGGAUGUUCUAUUUGGUAACAUGGAGCAGGUCAUAGAGGUUGCAGAGAGCUUCCUGAAGGAGAUUGAAGCAACGGCACAAAAACCUAUUGAGGAUCAGCUCUUUGGUAAAAUUUUCAUGGAUCAUUCCCGUAGUCUUCAUGAAGCAUACGCACAGUACUGUAGAAACCAUGAUGAUGCUUCCGCUCUCCUAGAAAAGUAUGAAGAAAAUCCAGAAGUGCAGGAGUAUAUCAACCAAGGUCUAGAACUAGUCAGACAAAGUACCAAUUGCUGGGAUCUUGCUUCCUUUCUCAUCAAACCAGUUCAAAGAAUACUCAAAUAUCAUCUACUCAUUGCUGAGCUUUAUAAGUAUACUGAGGAAGACCACCAAGAUAGAUCGACCCUCAAGCUUGCUCUGACAACCAUGACAGAGGUUGCCACGGAUAUCAAUGAAUUCAAAAGGAGAAAAGAUUUAGUAUUGAAAUACAGACAUCGAGGUCAGGAAGCAAUCACUGAUAAGCUAGGGAAGAUUAAUCUCCAUUCACUCCGAAAGAAAUCCCAAAGGAUUAACCAAAGAUUUACACAGAUGACUGGACUCGGUACACAGACUAUUGAUGAAGAGUUUGACAAGGCUGAGAGGCGUUUCCAUACCUUAGAGAAAACCAUCAAAAUCUUCGUCAAGGAUGUCCAUGCGUAUCUAGAACAACUCAAGGAAGCAACAUCAGUAGAAGCCAAUGUAGGAAGUGAUAUAUCAGAUUACUAUGCCAACCAAUCUAACCUUCACGAGGUCAAUAAAUACGAAGCAGUACAAAAUCAUCUUGCCAAUAAACUCUACAAAGAUUAUACAUUGUUCGUCCAACAGAGAGUAAUGUCUCCUCUGAACAGUCUCUUGAACAUGUUUCAAGGUCCUCAUAAACUCAUUCAGAAACGCUAUGAUAAACUCCUUGAUUACGAUAGCUACAUCAACAAGGCUGAGAAGAAUAAAGAUAAAGACAGAACUAAACAGUCUAAGCACAAGAAGAAAGACCUUGACAGCGACGAUGACGAGGUCACGACCGUCGGUAGCCCUCGUCGGCUCAAGGAAAAAGUCUCGAAAGAGUCCAAACAUGCAAGGCUGAAUGAUAGUACUAGCGAAGACGAAGCAACGACUGUGGGGGCGCCCCGCCGCCUCAAAGAACGACAUCCGAGAGAGGUAAAAGACGAGAAGGAAGUUGCAAGGAAGAAUUACGAAGCACUCAAUAUACAACUCAAGGAUGAGUUACCUAGACUCUGUUCCAUGUCGAUGGCGCUCUUCAAGAGCUGCGUAAUCUCGUUCAUUGAAGCAGAGAGAGAUCAUAUAAACUCAACACUCAAGAGACUCUAUCCAUUAAUUGAACUGUCGAUUGUUAAAUCCACCGAUAUGACAGACAUCAUGUCAGACUUUGAGAGCAGUCACCAGGAAGCGUCAGAAGGAAUGCUCAUCUUUUCAUUCGUACCAAGAAACUUUGAUCGUAAGGUGGAUAAGACGGACAAGAAAUCAAAGAAACCAUACACAGAGCCAAAGGUACCUGCCAGUAAACCGCCCUCAUCAAAAGCCCAAAGUGAAGCGCAGCGUCAGAGCGUCCUCUCUCGCUACCCAACGGGUCGUGUUUAUCAAGUCAAGACAAACUUCAUAGCCCAGCAGCCUAUGGACAUCAGUGUUUAUAAGGGUAACAUCGUUGGGAUUAUCAAGGAACAAGACCCUACCGGUAGCUCUGAUCGGUGGUACGUUGAUAGCGGAGCCUCCCAAGGGUUCGUACCUAUGGGUAUCUUAGUUGCAUGUAAUGAAGGUCAUUCAACAAACAUCUAUUCUAGUGAUGAUGAGGCUUACAGAGGACCGUAUAGUGAUCUUGGUUCACCACAGUAUUACUACGCUGAAUGGGGGUUCACAGCGACCAGUCCGAAUGAACUAACGCUCACAGAGGGCGCUGUUGUGACCGUCAUCGCAGCUCAAGACACUGAAGGCAACUCAGAAUGGUGGUUAGUAGAAAAGGAUGGUGACCAGGGCUAUGUACCUAGUACCUAUCUCGCAAAAGUCUAAACUCUUUGUCUGAAUAGGAUGCACAAAACUGAGCAAUUGAUCCUAUAGUUGAUUAAUGUACAUAAUUUGACAUAAUAAUUUAUGCAAUCGAUCACAAGAAUCAAUCUAUGACCAAAUGCUGAUAUUCGUGUUACGAGGCCCCUGCUUAAGUCUCUACAUUAUGAAACCCUUGGCUUCUACAUGUAUGUUGUUAGUAAAAGUUAGUCAACUACAAUAUGAUGCAAUUUACUCUAGAAAUUCAGUGAAUAUAACAAUUAUGUGUAUGUAUACAUGUAGAUCAGGGGCAUGCCAAAAUGUUGGUGUGUUUAUUCAAAAUGCACAGAAUUGAACUAUUGUGAUAAAAGCAAUUGCAAGAUGUAUUAUUUCUAUCAAUCUUCACGUGGAGUGUCAACCUGCGUCGACGAAAGCAAGCCGGGACAGACGACGGUGAUCAGGAGUAUAACUGAGAUAUGGUCAAAGUCAGACUUGAUUACCCAAAGAAAGCAAUAAACCUGAGAGAAAAACUUUGAAAUUAAAGUGAAUUGUUAUACAUCACUGUAGGACUAGAACUAGUAAAGUCUGACAUAAUGUACACACUCCAAACUUUGUAAGGUACAGCUGGACACAUGAAUAUGCUGAACAUUACUGACACUGAUAAGCACACAUGGGCAUGUAUAUUAAUCAUUGUCUGGAUAAAGACCGUUCUACUUAAUAGUGAAUAUAUAUCCUCCCUACUGAUUGAAGGUACAAAUCACAUUUUGUUGAAGAACGAUCUUACUAGGACUAGACAAAAUCACUAUUAUUAUCAAAAUUGGCAAACAUCAGAGGUCAUUGUUCUUUUUACAUGGUAUUAAAACGAGGUUGUUAUAUUGACAAGUCAUACAUAUAAUGCAAUGUAUUAGUCAUGAUGGUAUAGUAGAUUGAUUGAAUAUUUAUAUGUAUUAUGCAAAGAUGAGUAGAACCCAUUGAUAUCCAUUGCGUAUAGUUUGUGGUAAAUAACUAGUAUUUAUUUUUUGUAUCAGAGUAUUUUCUGCAGAAUUUUGUUUUCCUGCUGCGAUUUUAUUUUUAAUGAAAUGUCUAUUUAUUUAUGUUGCUCAUGGUGAGUUGUGAAAUGUCUUUCCUUUGUUAGAUAAGAAUAUUUUCAUUAUUUAUUCUGCUUAUUUGUGCUUGUACUUUGAUAGAUACCAGUCUACUCUCAUUCCUUAUGAUAUUAGAGUAGUUAAGUUGUAGGUAUAUUCUCCAGGGAUGUUGAUAUUGAAAGCUGGUGUUGCUGUAAAAUUUAUUGCACUGUUCUCCUGCGUGAUUAUAAUACAAGUGAUAACAGGUUGUUAAUAUUCAAACCAGAGCUAAAAGCAACCUCUCUAAUUGGUAAAUACAGGUAAUAUGGGACACAAAGUUAUUAUUUCACUCACUUAAGAUAAAAAUUUAGAAAAAAUGGCAAAUGUUUCAGCAAUAUCAUUUCUAUAUCUGCAUUACUCAGGUGACAUUUUUUGUCACUCUUAUUUUCAUCAGCAUUAUGUAUGUAUCACGAUGGUGCUCUGAAUGAUAUGGGGAGCGUUUCAUGAAGAAAAGAAAUAAUUGAUUUUCACUUGGUGAUUUGGUCUCAGCCAAUCGAAUGCAAGGAUUUACAGUAGCUUAACACAUUUUUCAGUAAAAAUCACUUGCAAGAGCUUUUUGUGAAAGGGUCCCAUAAUUUACCCUUAUGGACAAGUACUUAGUGGAAGAGAAUGAAUUUAAAAGGAUAUGAAAAAAUAGUAUUUGAUAUUUGAUCUUGCCAGAAUAAAAAUUAUUUUCAAUGUGAUUAUGAAUACUAUGCUGUUUAAAACACCCCCCCCCCCCUUAAACCCAUCCUGCAUAACAUAUUUCCUUUCGGAGGUCUGUGGAUGUAACGUACAUGUUGUAGAUAGAUACUUUACAAGUGAUCUUGGACAGUGAUUCAAAUAUACUGUCCUGAUAUUUAAUAAAGUGUUACAGCAAUUGAAAGAAUGCUACCUUUUUUAACUUUCAGGAUAUUAAUUCCAUUUUGGGAUUUUGAGAGUUAGAAUGAUUCAGAAAAUACUGACUGGUAUAUAAACUAUCAGAUAUUUAUUUCUCUUUCUAUCUUUCUAAUCUUGUCAUGUAUUUUGUCUCCCUGAUUGAUCACAUUUGCCAUGAUUUAUUUUGUAAUGAUAGUAGUUGAUAUGACUAUGAGAAGUUUGAUAUUAGUUAUAUUUUGUGAUGUGUAAAAGAGAAAGGCUAUAUAAUAUCAUAUCAGUGUUAUGCAAAGUUGUGAUUUAUAUUAUGCAGUUUAUCUUUGCGAUGAUAGCUUUAGACCUUUGCGUCCAAUUAUCAUGCUAUGUACCAUGUAUAUUCCAAAUGCUUCGUCCAUUUUGUAUUUAAAUGUUUUUUAAUAUAUACAUGUAAUAAAAUGAGAAGAUUAAUUGGUGGGAAAUUGACAAAAAUUGAGAAUUGUAUUUUGAAAUUAACAAUGGUUGAAGUCGUUCUUUGCUGAAUGUAAGAAAAACAUUGCUAGCAAUAAAUAUUAACUGUUAAGUGCUAGAAGGCAGUAACUCAAUCCUUCAAGAUUGAUGUUACGCCCUUCUAGUUCUAAACAAUUUGUCAGUGUUAAUGUAUAUUGAAUGAAUUAAUAUAUUAUUAUCUCAGUGUUGUUUUGAACGUAUAUAAGUAGAAAUGGUGAUUAUAUUUUUGUGUGAAUUUUGAAAGUGAUACUGUUUUUGAUACGGUGUAUGACGUAUUGUGAUCAUUGAAAAUAUGGAAAUUUCAGGUUAAACUGUGGUGUAAAAUGUAUUACAUAUCCAAGGUGGAAUGGUUUAUCUAGUGUUGUAGGAAACACUAUCUAUCAUUACUAUUGCUGUGAUCAUGGGGACACGACAACAGUGGAUAUUCCCCUGCAGAAUUGCAGAUAUUGUUGAGUUGCUAUAAGUAUUAUGGUAAUUUCAAAUUGAUGAAAUUCAUUUAUGUGAUCUCAGAGGGUCAUGAUAUCAGUAAAGUAUUACCGGUAGUCACACCUUAGGCACAUAACUCUUGACAAAUCUAUCAAGUAUUUUGAUAGUCACUGUUCUGACAUACGAUGAAACAUGGUUGGUUAAAUAAUCUUGGGUUGAGACUUAUUCCAGUAUUAGAUUACAGCAGUUGUGAUUAUGAACUGUUAUUUUUCAUUAUAAAUAGAGAUGUACUGUACCAGUUUGUGAAAUCAUGAUUUUUCUCUUCCACUUUUUCUACCCUUUGUCCCCUUUUCUCUUACUUAUCCUCCCCCAUUCAUUUCUCUUUCUUUCUCUCUCUAUCUCUCUCUCUCUCUCUCUCUCUCUCUGUCUGUUUCCACUUGCAAGUUAAUGUGUUAUUUUAUAUUUAUAUGUUUUGCAUUGAUUUGAAUUCAAUAUACCUCGCUGUAAUGUUUCUCUUUGCUAUCUGAUGUUCCAUUGGUUCCAAUCUAGAAUGUAGAUGUAAUGAAAUCGAUUAUAAUAUUGAGGUCUGUGAAUUUUGUGCAAUUAUAUAAUAUAUUACUUAUCUGAUAAAAAUGUGAACUAUGACAAAUUUUAAUGACAGUUAUUUAACGUGGUUGUACAUCCAGGGGUAGUUUACCCCAAGGUUAAGAUUGGUUUUACAACAUCCAAUCCAAUUAAAAGCAGAAACUGAUGAAUUAUUACAACAAAAGUUAAUCACCAUUGCUUACAAAAAAAACCAAGUUAGCCACAGAGGUCCCUUUGCAAAAUAAAUAGAACUUUUAUGGAUGAAAUUUUUAUGGAUUCUCAUAUAUUUCUGCUAAUUUGAAAACCAAUUUGACCUCAUGGUAGACUUCCCUCUACUAACAUGAGAAUAUCACAAAUGUAUAUCGUAUAUUUGACAAUAUCACACACACAAUAAAAGAUUCAUUGAUUGGUUAUGUUCAAGCAAACAGAGGUUUUCACUGUUUCACUAUCGAUUUGUUGUUACUUUGUUAGCUUUCACACUGCCGAUACCCCAUCCACGGUGAGUCAGCGUUAGAGUAAUCGUGCAGAAACCAGUAGGUGAACGCUAACAAGAAAAAACCAACUCGAUUAUGAAAAGAUCAAAAUCUCUGUUGGGCAAUAUCAUUGACUAUUUUUCCAUCCAUUACAUUAUGUGGAUUAGGUUAUGGGAGAACCUCUAUGUAUCAGUAUUAUAUGGUAACUGACAUAAUAUGAUAACAUGCUUACUUCACAUUAUAAGUACAUUUGUGUUUUGUAAGCAAUGGUGCUUAUGUAUUGUAAUAAUGUAUGAAGAAUAUAGGCCUAUUAUAUACCACACAUUGGAGGUAAUACAUAUGAAGCAUUCAUUAAUAUCAAUAAAGUUUAAGCAUUAGUAUAAUAGUUUGUAUGCAUUCAUCACAUUAAGCAUGUAAAAGCAACUACAUAGGUUAUAUUGACCAUAUUUUAUGCUUCAUGUUUUAUUGUUUCAAUUCAUUUGAUCUCCCUUACUUAUCACUCUCUCUUUCUCUUUCUCUCUCUCUCUCUCUUCCUUUCUCAAAGUUGAUUUCAUUCCAGAUUUUCAUGAUAUUAAAAAAUGAUUUUCUUCUAAAAAUGAAUUAUGUUCUUCUAUAAACUGCUCCUAUGAUAUUAAAAAAAACUGCCAUAUAAAUAAAAGUGUAGAACAAUUAAUUUGUGAUGGAGAUAUCUCAGUGACAAAUUAUUUUGCAAUUAGUGAAAUAUUGAAUUGUUGGUUCAAAGGAAUUUAGAAAUAGAUAUGUUAAUUUUCCACCAUGGUAUUGACACUAAUUCAGCAGAAUUUUAUGUAUCGGGAGGUAUCGACAGUGUAUAAAUAUAAUUGUUGUUGAGGGGUUGAUUUCUACACAUGUUCAUUUCUUUUAAAGUGAAAAUAUAAUCAUAAAAUAUAUUUAUAUAUGAGUAUGAUGAUGGCAAUUGUUAAAAACCAAAUACCAAAUGAAUUGAAAUACUGUACCAUUGUGUGUUUGAAUAUAUAGCAAACUCCUGUAUGCAAUAUUAUAGAUGAUUGUCCAUGUAAUUUUACCUUUAAAAAGGGGACCAGUCAGAUCCACAAAAUUAUGUAGAGAGACUUAACUUGGAUAUACAGUCGUGUAGCCUUUUAGGAUGAUGUUCAAUAGACCUGACAUAAAAUGUAUCAACGAAUGCAAGCUAUCUGUGACAGAUAAUGCUUUUGGCCAAUCACCUUUCAGGAUUUUGGUAGCUUUUAGCAGUGUCUCAUACCUUAUGUAACGAUUGAAACAAGGCCCUUUUCUGUGGCUGCGGAGCUAAUCGACAAAUUAUGUAAUAGAUAUGCAAGGUCAAGGUCUUUUUCAUUCCUUUCUUUUAAAUGUAGAGUGCACACACCAUGGCAUCCUAUGCAAAUGAUCAAGAUAGGAGUAUUGUUGAUCUGAUUCUACAUGUAGCUGGGGGCGGGGUGUUUCAUUUUGUUGCUCUAAGGUAGGCAUGAAUGGGUGAUAUGUUCUUGUAAUAAACAAGAUGCCAUACUUAUCCCUGGUGUUUGAAGAAAAUGGAGCUGAAAUUCCUGUCAUGUUGAUAAAAUAUGACAAAUCAUACAUGUUUCAUCUACUUGUCUUGGUGCUUGGUAACAAGAUGAGUGUUAAUGUACACAAAUAAUAUUUUGACUUUAGCCUGCCAAAUUGAAUUACUGUCCCAACUUUAUUCAUUAGGAUCUGACUGCCCUGAAAAACAUAUUUUGAUAUGAGAAUAUGAGAGAAAGAAAUAUAAAUUAAUGCCUGCCAAAUGAAAUAACUGAUCAGUCAUUACUUGUUUAAAUCUGACUCCCCCCCCCCAAAAAAAAAAAAAAAUUUACUAUGAGAAAAACACACAUGAAUUAAUGUCUGCCAAAUAAAGUAACUCACAUCUGCAGUGAAAACCAUUAUCAUAGCCUACACCUGGGUUGAGAGAAGCAAAUAUAAAAUAUUGUCUGCCAAAUGAAAUAACUUUUAUUGUCCCUCGAUUAGAUAUGACUGCCCCAAAAACCUCACCAUUCCUUCUAUAUUACAUAUGUGAAUGUAUUUCUAUCAAAAUAUUUGUGAAUAUGAAAAUAUGUCGACUCUGGCUACUUCAAACGCUGACCGAUCAUGUGUGAUACGACUUGUACUUAAUUGCUGUUGUGGUUUUUUUUUUCAAGAAAGAGUGGUAUUAUUAUUUAUAUCUAUAGUAUCAGUUUUGUAAUAAGUUUUGUUUUGUAAUAAGUUUUGUUUGGUAUAUCAAUCUGUAUCUAUAUUGGUACCCAGUACUCCAUUCCUGUAUAUCUCUAUUCAUGUAACUCCAUGAAAUUCCUGUGAAUAAAUAUUUGUGCAAAUAUUUGUGAAAA